UUAGACAAAUACCCUGUUUUGCUGAGUGUGUUGAAUCUCCAACAUCAUCAUGUUCCACUCUCAUCGUCUAAGGUUUCUUCUCCAUCUCAACACUCUCUGCAAACCUUCUCCAAACCCUAAAAUUUCCCCUCUUCUUCAUCCAAAACCCUCAUCAUUAUCAAUAGUAUCUCACAACUUGUUCUCAACCACUUGUGAUAAACAAUCCUUCACUGUUUCCUACUUCAAAACCAACUGUGGAUUCUCACACCAAGCAGCUCUCAAAGCAUCCAAGCGAGUUCUCUUCAACGACGCAAACAAACCCGAUUCAGUCAUCACCUUCUUCACAAACCACGGUUUCACCCUCUCCCAAACACACAACGUCAUUGGCAGAACACCAGAGCUUCUUCUCUUCGACCCCACCACAAAGCUUCUGCCCAAGUUUCAAUUUCUAGCCUCCAAAGGUGCUUCCCCAUCUGACAUUGUCACCACUGUAAUCAGAAGUCCACGUUUUCUCCGGAAAAACCUCGAAAAGCAAAUCGUCCCUGCGUUUGAAGCCAUUAGGAGAUUCUUCACAUCUGAUCAGAAAGCAAUUGCUUGUGUAAUUGCUUGCCCUACUGCUAUCAGUGAUGAUCGCGUUGUUCCGAAUUUGAAUUUGUUGAUUGAUUUGGGUGUGUCUCCUUCGAAUAUUAACAAUUUGUUUCGUACUAGGCCCUCUAUACUCAGCUCUGGUGAUUUGGGAAGUGCUGUGGAGGAGGUCAAGGGUUAUGGAUUUGAUCCUUCGAAAACGCUUUUUAGUGUGGCGUUGUUGGCGAAAAGGGCAAUGGCGAAAUCCCAAUGGGAUACUAAAGUUGAUGCUUUGAAGAAAUGGGGUUGGUCUGAAGAUACUGUUGUUGAUGCAUUUAGGAGGCAACCCAGCAUUAUGUUAAGGUCUACUGAGAAACUCAAUGCAGUGAUGAAUUUGUGGGUUGAUCAGCUUGGUUGGGAUACUUCGGCGCUUCUAGCUGCACCGAUAAUAUUUGGAUAUAGCUUGGAGAAGAGGAUUAUUCCAAGGGCUUCAGUUGUCAAGUAUCUUCUCUCUAAAGGUUUGAUGAAGAAGGAAGCUAGCUUAACUACACCAUUUGGUUUGACUGAUGAGCUGUUCCUGCAAAAGUUCGUGAACUGUUUUGAGAAGGAGGAAACAUCUAGGCUGCUAAGGCUGUAUCAGGGAGCAUGCAAGAGUCUGGCUCUUGGUUAGCUUAUGAGUUCAGAAUCUGCUAGUUUAAUUGUAUUGUUUCAUUCGCUUAGUUGGAACUUGGAACUCAUUUUGAUUUAAGUCACAAUUUUGAUCCAAGAGAAUAGUUUACUCUGAUUAUUUGUAUUCAGAUUGUAUUUUGAAAAGCUUUUGUUUACCCGACAUAUUAAUUAGUAUCUCUUCUUACUUA